AUGGCUGGCUAUGAUUCCCAACUGUCAACUAAAGAGGCCAGAAAUACCUGGGAGACAACCGUUGCUACUGACAUCAUCACUCCUCAGUUGAAGCAUCUUGACCAGCGGCUGAGAGAGGUGAAUGCCACAAUCAGAAAUGACUCGCGUGUCUCCUCUAACUUCAUCAUGAGGGUGACAUUCGGGGAUGAGUGUCCGUUGUCCUCGCUACCUCGGGGCUCCCAGGUCCACUGUUCAGGAGUGUGGAGCUGCAGAGAGAGGGUGUCCCUACUCAGCCUCACCCACAUCGUAGAGCAGAACGACGGAAAGGACAAGCUCCCUCUACUAUGGAGGUUCCUACAGAAGGAGGCAGAGUUCCGGCUGGUGAGGUUCCUUCCAGAUAUCCUGGCCCUGCAGAAGAGUCUGGUGAAAAGGUUCCAGAGGUCAUCAGACUUGAUGAAUGACUCCAUUAGAGAGUUCAUCCAGAAACAGUCAGCACCGAUGAGAGUGUGCUAUGAGAAACGAAUCCAGAUCUUCCUGAAUACAUGGAACUUGCUCAGAUUGUCAGUAGCCACCAGUGAAAUAAAGAUCCCAGAAGAGUUCUGGAAGGAGAAUUUGGACCAGGACAGUGACCUCCAAUACCUCCUGCCACGGCGCCAGGGUCCAGGCCUGUGUUCCACCGCUCUGCUCAGUCACCUGGUGGCUCUGUACAAUGAGCUGCUUCACGCUGUGGACCGCCACACUGGGGAAGAGACCAGCUACAAGGUGAGUCUGUCAGAGCUGACAGAUCUGCAUGUGAUCCGCUAUGAAGUGGAGAAGGACCUGCUGCCCCUGGUGCUGUCAAACUGCCAGUACAGCCUGGAGCGCGGCAAGGAGACCCUGUCUGAGUACGACCUUCCCAAGAUCCAGCAGCAGGUCCUAACCCGCUUCCUGCAGGGCAAACCCCUCAUCACACUAACUGGAAUCCCGAUUUUGGUCACCAGACAUGAAAGAGAUUACGAAAGCAUUUUGAAAACAGUGAAAGGAAAAGUGUCUCAGGAGCGUCUGCCGUCCCUGACCCUCACAGCCCUGUCCAGGGAUCUGGAGUCGUACAGUGAGGUGUGUGAUGCCCUGAAGGCUAUGGAGCUGGCUCUGGGCUUCCUGUCCAUGACUGGGGGAGACACCCACAUGCCCUUGGUGCGUUACCUGGAGGACAUGCUCAGGAUGAGCAAGCAGACCGAACCACACUUCUUAAAGGCUCUGGGCAGAUGCAGUCUGAAGCACUGUGUGGCUCUGUGGCAGCUCCUCUCUUCCCUCAAAUCAGAGAACAUGCUGAAGAGUCUGAAGAAGGACCCAUUCUCUGGGGUCUCGGCUGAGUACCAGAAGCACCUGGAGGAGGAGCAGAAGAAGCUGCUCCAAGGUUUCAUCACCGUGGGGAACAUCAACACCUGGCUGCUGGAGAUGCACGAGUUCCUCCUGCUGAACCUGGGGAGCCCUCGUGCCUCGGAUACCUAUGGACCACACUGGAGUGUCAAAGAAACUUUGGCUGCAUACAUGGACCGCAAAGAAGUACAAGUCCCUCCUGACGUGGAGGCUUCCUUCCCCGACGAGAUACUCCUCUCGCAGAUUGUGGAGACCUGGAAAUUUACUGUGACUUACAAACAAGAAUGGAUGAUGUAAUCGAUUCCACCUGAAUGUGAUUUGUAAAGGACUACACUGGAUCACCGGGGAAAUGUUAGAAUAGAACACAAGAAUGGAUGAUGUAAUCGAUUCCACCUGAAUGUGAUUUGUAAAGGACUACACUGGAUCACCGGGGAAAUGUUAGAAUAGAACACAAGUGCUUCUGAUUGUAUGCUGUAUAGAUGUAUGUGCUUUCUCCAGUGAUCUCACAGUAUGUGCCACACUGACACACCAUACUUAGAUACUAAGAGGAUUUAUAACUGGUAUGUGGGGAAUCUUGCCUUUCUCCUUACAAAACCUGCCUUGAAUGCAACAUUUUCUCAGGAAAACAUUCCAAAUAUCAUUUUUUUGCUCAGACUAUGGGGUUGGUUCAAUCCGUAUCGCUGAUGUUCAGGGCAAUAGCGCAAUUGAAUAUUAAAGACAUUGUUACUGCGUUCACAGAGACAGCAUUCACGGUAAACGCUGCAUAUGUCGGCUCAAUUGGCUCAAUUGGAAAUUACCUUUACAUUUUAAGCGCGCCAUAUUUUAAGCGCGCCAUAGUGGUGGACUUCGGGUAAACGGAUUGAAUCAAGCCUUAUUUAAGCCAAACUGUGUUUACAGAAUGUUUUAUGCAAUCAUUUUUGUUACUAGAUGUUUAUUUUGUGGGAAAUAUUUUUUACAUUAUUUGAGAGACUAACUCCUGUGCCGUUUUUAUGUUUACCACAUGUUUAUGUUAUGCUCUUCUCUUUUACACAUUGUACUUUUAAAUGGGUUUAUAUUUUGGGAGAAUAUUGGUGGUUGGUGUUAUUUUAAAGUUAAUAUUUCCAAACAUUGAGUUCAAAUCAGUGCAAUAAGCAUCCGCUUGAGGGUGCUAUUGGCCCACAUUUUGUAAUUUACAGUCCUGAAGAUCUAAAAUCAAGUUAAUUAAAUACAUGACCUAAUCAUUUUAUCUGCCUGGUUUUAAUGUAUUCUGGUUGAAUAUGACUACAUUAUCUUCUUCCAUUUGUUUAAAAAAAUGUGUCCAAAUCACGGCAUCUUGAAAUAAAAGGUCUGGU